AUGCGCGGAGCGGCCGCGCCCGGUUCAAACGCAGCGCGCGGGCCGGAGCCCGGAGAAAGGGAAAAAAUGGCCUCUGCGCCCCCUCAGACCCCAAACCCAAACCCCAAACCCCAAACCCCGGCUCUUUGCCCCGUCAUCCCCCAGGACUCUGCGGGUUUUCCCCCGGUGGAGGAGGUGGAGGAGCUGAGCCAGGAGCUGCUGCGGGAGCUGAGCUCGGGCUGCACGGAGGAGCUGCUGCGCCGCGGCCUCGAGUGCCGGCAGCGGCUGGACCAGCGGCUGCUGGAGGCGCAGAGCAGGGCCCGGGGCUUGGCCCGGGAUCUGUCGCAGGCCGAGGCGGGGCUGUCGCGGCGCCUGCAGCGGGCGCAGGCAGAGGCGCAGCGCCUGCAGGGCCGCAGGCUGCAGCUGGAGCGCGGAGCUGCAGCGGGCGCAGGGGGCCCUGAGCGGCGGGGUUUUUUUGGGGCGCCACGUUUGCCUUGA